AUGUUCCGCGCCCAGCUCUUUUUGCUAUUCGCUCUUUUGGCGUGGACUGUCUCGGCUGGUCCGAUCUCUCGCUGGUUAAUUACUGGCCCGCCUGUUUUUGUUCUUACCGAGUUGGAACCUUUAUCGACUUCUUACUCGCCCAAGGAUCUCUCCCGGCGUGAUGUCAAUGACAAGCAUGGUGGAUUGACGGUCAUUCCUGUUCCUAGUCCGACGCAUAAGGUCGAGAGCUCAGCAGAUGCACCAACAUUCGGGCCCCUUUCAUCGCUACCUGAUUCAGUGACUUCUUCUCCGGCCACAGCCUCUACCUCUCUUUUAUCGGUCAGGUCAGAGCUCACUAGCUACAGCUGGCAGAAACCUUUUACGAUUGAUGAUCCGAACUAUACCGAGUCUGCUCCUGUAUCCUCUACAAGUACUUCAAGUUCAAAGAAGUCGAGCACGGUGGCACCUACUACCACACACGCACCUAUUAAGACACAUGCUCCCACUUCAACAUCUCCCACUUCAACAUCUCACACUUCAACAACUCACACUUCAACAUCUCACACUUCAACAUCUCACACUUCAACUGCAUCAACUUCGUUGUUGACUACGGCCAGCACCACGGCACCCAUUCCUUCAUCUGCUGCCAUAAUCAUUGAUAUACUACCAAGCAGCGUGCCAAAAUCGAUCAGCAGUAGCAGUGUUAAUCCAGAUGAAGUUGAUGUCAUGACCUAUGUACAUUUGACCAUAUCCUCUUCGACUACCAUGAGGUCUUCAACCACCACAACCUCUUCAACGGCGAAAUCUUCCACUUCGACAAUGCCAAUGGUGACACAAACAAGCCAGGUCGUUAUCUACGUGAGUGGAUCACAUUCAGUACCCUACUCAACUACCACAAAGGCUUCUAUUCGCUCGACAACCACAUCGGUUAAACACACGACUACACCCACCAAGCCCACAGCUAUAUCUACUCAUGUACCAAGUACAUCUGUCAAGCCGACGACUAAAUCUAUCCAACCAACGACGACAUCUAUACCACCAGUCCCACCAACAACUACCUCUAUCCCGCCAAUCACAGCAUCUACCUCUAUUGAGCCAGUUGCGAUAUCUCCCUCGGGGACAACGACGUCUAUCCCAACGAUCCCGCCAACAACCAGUCCUCUUCCACCAGCAGCCAUAUCUAUACAACCAGCCGUCGCAUCUCUCCCACCAACAACGACAACUAUCCGACCUAUCCCAGCAGCUAGUUCUAUUAGUUCUAUCAACCAAGUCGCCGCAUCUAUCCCGCCAACAACAUCGCUCGAGCUUGAUCCUGUCACGGUCCUCGCAACCAAGACAGAAACCGUCCGCAUAACAGUUUGGCCAACCACCACUGCCUCCACCGCGCCCUCCGUGUCAUCCUUUUAUUCGAGUGAACAACACACCUUCCACGUCCUCGCAACAACAACAGAAACAUUUGUCGUAACAAUAUACCCAGCGGCAACAUCUCUUCCCUCGACAUCAUCCACUUCAAGUACUUCAAGCGAGAAGAGCGCCAUCCCACCGGCAGUAGUGUCAACAGCAAAUACAGCUGGGGCAGCAGCGGCAGUGGCAACUACUCAACCCACUGAACCUGCCGCUGCGGUGACAACUCCCUCCGCUGCACCUGUACCUACGAACAUGACAACAUCGCAAGCAGGACAGGGCUUGCUCAGUGUCAUUCCGGUGACACCGGCUGGGUUUAUUCAUGUUACUGAGACUGUUACGAAGGUUGUAACAGAGAGGAUUGUCGAGACUGUAACUGCUACUGUAACUAGGGAUGUAUAG